AUGUCAGUUCUCUCUGAAAGUCCUUCGAACCAGUCGUCAGGCAAAGCAGCCAAGUCGUCGCGACCGCACCAGACCGCGACACCGAAGCCAAAAACGCGCUGCCGGCCGAGGGCCAACGACAAAAAAUCUUCCUCCAAGACAACCCUCGGCGCAACUGACGCGGGGUUUGCGCGUUUUCUGCUAGAACAUUCGUCUCCAAGGCACCAGCGAGUCACUGCCGGAGGCAAGAUUGUUCCAAUGCAGCCCAACAAUAUCCCGACUCAUGAUCACAAUCUAUCUGAGAAUUGGCAGGGCCAGACCUCCACGACCACCGAGAGCGCUGGCGAACAUACCCAGGUUCGUCAUAACACCUCGCAGCAUGGCAAUCCUUUUCAGCGUGCGGGUGUGACCGAACAUGGAAGUCAACUGGAAUACUUGGGACCAUAUGCACCUGAGUUCGCGCCAAUGCAGGCCCAGAUACUCCCACCUCUUACUCUGAGCACCACCGCCCUAGUACAGUCCCCAAUCAUCGUUUCCUCGCAGACACAAACCCUACCGCAAACUGCUUUGACGCCCUCAGAGGUGCUUGGCGUAAAUCCCAUUCCUUUUCGGACAAUGACACAGGUUGCCGCACAAGCAAAUGGUGCCGCAUACAUGGCUCCUCUCCCCGAAGCUGGUGGCGACGGUUGGCCUGAUUGGUCUCAAGUGCCUGGUCAAAGACCAGAUGCUCAAAGCUAUUCACGGGACAAUUGGGCACCAACGACAGCCAAUGCGACCAGCUUCACCACACCCCAGCCGGCAGGAACGACAGCAAGCUAUGUCAACCCCAACCUGCUUCAGGCCGCCAUGUUUACCGACACCACUCAACUGGCACAGCAGCAUGGAGUGGUGCUUCAGCCAACCUGGCAAGAUAAUCAGCACAGGUUGAUACUGCAGUGCUUGCGGCACUACGCACGGGAUCUGAUUCGCACCAUGAGUCUGUAUGCCUUUCGGGGCUUUAGUCGAGCCCAUGUCACCGUAUCUGCCAUGGAUCGGCAGCAGGCGAUGGACCCGGGUGCAGGGAGGGAUUGGAAUUUCACCGCGCUGCGAUUGCAACAUGUCCGAGACCGAGGGCAGUUCGAUGAGAUGGCCACAUGGUUGCAGUUUGAGCCUGGACCGCUCGAGGUUAUUGGCAAUGAGCAAGGACCAACCGCCGGGCCAUUUCCUGGAAUCCUGCCUGGUACCACUGGGGUUCAGCAUGGUUCUGCGCUUAGCACUACCGGGGUCUUGUCUGGGGCUUAUGGAAAUCAAAAUAUUGAUGGCCCUGUUGGCACAGAGCCGCAGUCCCAGGAGCAAAUGGGUUCUAUGGAGCUAGACAGCAGACGGUUGGUGAACUCUCGCAGCUCUGUGGAUGAUUUCAAUGUCGAGGACGAGGACGGCACGCACGAGGAUGCCAUGAAUAUGAACUUCCCAGUGGAUGAAGGGUUUGUUCCCCAGACAAUUGGUGCACCUGGAAACUGGGGCAAUACCGUGCCUCGGAACUUUGGCAGCACGAUUCUGUCCUCCAUUCGUGAGAGCGAGAACGAGGAGACGGUGAGCGACCCGGGCGAUGUGUUGCCGGUAACGACUGGUGCUGAGGGGUUGGUCGGCUCGAACUAG